CUUCUAGGCUCAGUAUCUUUAAUGUUAAUUGUGUAGUAGUGGGAUUCUCAGAGCCUGGGAUAUAGAUUGUCAACAUUGGAUUCCACUUUGAACCUUUCACUGUUGUGUAGUCUUAGGGAGAGAAUCACUUUGUGUUUCUAUUACUCAGUUUUCUCAUCUGCAAAUAGGGAAUAAUCAUAUUAUCUCUCAAGUAGGUUGUUUAAAGAUGAAUGUUUUAGUGUACUGAUUUUAGUACUUAGGAUGUAUCCCUGCAAAUGGAAAUAUAAUUUCAGAGUUGACAGUUAUUAAGUGGUACUGAUAUAUUUGGUUUAUGCAGUCUUUAUUUUUUUAACAUCACUAGUAAAUGGUCCUAUUUGUGAUUUUUACUUGAAGCAGUUGAAUAGAAUUGAAGCAAUAGAAAUUGCUUCUGGAAAAAUGUUAUUUGACUAAAUCUAUCAAUUUUAUUUCUUGGAGUCUUAUACCUUUAUAAUAAACACUAAGAUCUGAUACACUUUACAUCUUAGUGGGUAGCAUUUUGCAUCUGAAUUUGGGAUUUUUAAGGUUAACACAGCUUCCUUCCUCAGGUUUUUAAAGUCAGUGAGUCUAAGUUCUUAAAUAUAAGUGUUGAAAUUUAUGAAUGGCUAUACAGAAUAACUAGCAUAGUUUGAUUCUAUUAUUGAAUAAGGUAACUAAAGAAUGGACACCAAACUUAGAUGGUUUCAUAAAACAUAGAUUUUUUUUUAGAAUAUAAAGAUGCAUUCGACUUUGCAAAAAUCAUUUAAAAGAAAUAUAUUUAAAGCCAACAUAGAAUCUCUGCCUACUCACAAGGCAUCAUGUUCAGCAUUAAGGGAAGAUAAUAGAUAGCUUGUUUUUUCAAGGUUGUGAACAUGUUCAUUCUCUGCUCUAGGUAGCAGCUGUGGCUGCUGUGCACAGAUGUGACAAACUCUCCAGAUCAUUUGGAGAGUUAUAAGAAGGAAGAAUGACAUAUCUGAUUCACAUUUUAAAAGGCUAUUCUGGUGACUGGAUGAAUAAUGAGCUGGUGAAAUGUUUAAAUGUUCGGUAAAUUGGAGGGAAAAAAGCAUGGAUUUUUAGCAACUGAAGAAUAAAUUAAGGAUUCAGAAGAAGAAUUUUUUGUUUUUGAAGAAUUUUUUUUCUUUUUGAAUUAAAAAAAAAUCAGUCUACAAGUAGAGAAUUGGAAUCAGAAAGACAACCAUUUUGUUUCUACUUUGGAAUACUUGCUCUUGAGCCUCUCACGUCUGAGUACACAAUCAUGUGGUCAUCACAGCUACUGCUCUUCAUGAUGCUCUUAGCACCGAUAGUUCAUGGUGGCAAGCACAGUGAGCGACAUCCAGCCCUCGCUGCUCCCCUGCGACACGCGGAGCGCAGCCCAGGAGGCGCUCUUCCUCCCAGACAUCUCCUUCAGCAGCCUGCGGCAGAGAGAGCCACUGCGCAUCGUGGACAAGGGCCCCGUGGAGCUUCCAGAGGAGUUCGUGGUCCAGGUGCCCAAGGAGCACAGAUUGCAGCCCAAGCUUUCAGCCGUGCCCCAAUUCCAAUGGCUGUUGUCCGCAGAGAGCUCUCCUGUGAAAGCUACCCCAUAGAGCUCCGCUGUCCAGGAACAGAUGUCAUAAUGAUUGAAAGUGCCAACUAUGGGAGGACUGAUGACAAAAUUUGCGACUCCGACCCUGCUCAGAUGGAGAAUAUACGAUGCUAUCUGCCAGAUGCCUAUAAGAUUAUGUCUCAAAGGUGCAAUAACAGAACCCAGUGUGCAGUGGUGGCAGGUCCUGAUGUUUUUCCAGACCCAUGUCCGGGAACCUAUAAAUACCUUGAAGUUCAGUAUGAAUGUGUCCCUUACAAAGUGGAACAAAAAGUUUUUCUUUGUCCUGGACUGCUAAGAGGAGUGUACCAGAGUGAACAUUUGUUUGAAUCCGACCACCAAUCUGGGGCAUGGUGCAAAGACCCUCUGCAGGCUUCUGACAAAAUUUAUUAUAUGCCUUGGACUCCCUAUAGAACUGAUACCCUGACUGAAUACUCAUCAAAGGAUGACUUCAUUGCUGGAAGGCCAACUACGACCUACAAGCUCCCUCACAGGGUAGAUGGCACAGGAUUUGUCGUGUAUGAUGGAGCUCUGUUCUUCAACAAAGAGCGCACCAGAAACAUCGUAAAGUUUGACUUGCGGACUAGAAUAAAGAGUGGAGAGGCCAUCAUUGCAAAUGCCAACUACCAUGAUACCUCCCCUUACCGAUGGGGAGGCAAAUCUGACAUAGAUCUGGCAGUGGAUGAGAACGGGCUUUGGGUAAUCUAUGCAACAGAACAAAACAAUGGUAAAAUUGUCAUUAGCCAAUUGAACCCUUACACCUUACGGAUUGAAGGGACAUGGGAUACUGCAUAUGAUAAAAGGUCAGCUUCCAACGCAUUUAUGAUUUGUGGGAUUCUGUAUGUGGUCAAAUCUGUAUAUGAAGAUGAUGAUAAUGAGGCCACAGGGAAUAAGAUUGACUACAUUUACAACACCGAUCAAAGUAAGGAUAGUUUGGUGGAUGUACCCUUUCCUAAUUCAUACCAGUACAUAGCAGCUGUGGAUUACAACCCCAGGGACAACCUUCUUUAUGUAUGGAAUAAUUAUCAUGUCGUGAAAUAUUCUUUGGAUUUUGGACCACUGGAUAGCAGAUCAGGGCAAGCACAUCAUGGACAAGUAUCAUACAUCUCUCCACCAAUUCAUCUUGACUCUGAGCUAGAAAGACCCCCUGUUAGAGAAAUCUCUACCACAGGACCUCUUGGCAUGGGAAGCACCACCACCAGUACCACCCUUCGAACCACAACUUGGAUCCCAGGCAGAAGUACCACACCAUCAGUGUCAGGAAGAAGAAACAGGAGUACCAGCACCCCAUCUCCCGCUGUGGAGGUGCUAGACGACAUAACCACACACCUUCCAUCAGCAUCAUCCCAAAUCCCGGCUGUGGAAGAGAGCUGUGAGGCUGUCGAAGCCCGGGAAAUCAUGUGGUUUAAGACUCGUCAAGGACAGAUGGCAAAGCAGCCCUGCCCCACAGGAACUAUAGGAGUAUCAACUUAUCUAUGCCUGGCUCCUGGAACAUGGGAUCCCCAAGGACCAGAUCUCAGUAACUGUUCUUCUCCUUGGAUCAAUCAUAUAGCACAGAAGUUGAAAUCUGGAGAGACAGCUGCUAACAUUGCUAGAGAGCUGGCUGAACAGACAAGAAAUCAUUUGAAUGCUGGAGACAUCACCUACUCGGUCCGUGCCAUGGAUCAGCUGGUAGGCCUCCUGGAUGUACAGCUGCGGAACUUGACCCCUGGUGGAAAAGAUAGUGCUGCACGCAGUUUGAACAAGCUUCAGAAAAGAGAGCGCUCUUGCAGAGCCUAUGUCCAGGCCAUGGUUGAGACAGUUAACAACCUCCUCCAGCCACAAGCCUUGAAUGCAUGGAGAGACCUGACUACAAGUGAUCAACUUCGUGCAGCCACCAUGUUGCUUGACACUGUGGAGGAGAGUGCUUUUGUGCUGGCUGAUAACCUUUUGAAGACUGACAUUGUCAGAGAGAACACAGACAAUAUCCAAUUGGAAGUUGCAAGACUGAGUACAGAAGGAAACUUAGAAGACCUAAAAUUUCCGGAAAACAUGGUUCAUGGAAGCACUAUCCAACUUUCUGCAAAUACUUUAAAACAAAAUGGCCGAAAUGGAGAGAUCAGAGUGGCUUUUGUCCUGUAUAACAACUUGGGUCCUUAUUUGUCCACGGAGAAUGCCAGCAUGAAGUUGGGCACAGAGGCCAUGUCCACCAACCAUUCCGUUAUUGUCAACUCCCCUGUUAUAACAGCAGCAAUAAACAAAGAAUUCAGUAAUAAGGUUUAUUUGGCUGAUCCUGUGGUGUUCACUGUUAAACAUAUCAAGCAAUCUGAGGAGAAUUUCAACCCUAACUGUUCCUUUUGGAGCUACUCCAAGCGCACAAUGACAGGUUAUUGGUCAACACAAGGCUGUCGGCUCUUAACAACAAAUAAAACACAUACUACAUGCUCGUGUAACCACCUAACCAACUUUGCGGUAUUGAUGGCACAUGUGGAAGUUAAGCACAGUGACGCGGUCCAUGACCUUCUUCUGGAUGUGAUCACAUGGGUUGGAAUUUUGCUGUCCCUUGUUUGUCUCCUGAUUUGCAUCUUCACAUUUUGCUUUUUCCGCGGGCUCCAGAGUGACCGUAACACCAUCCACAAGAACCUCUGCAUCAGCCUAUUUGUAGCAGAACUACUCUUUCUGAUUGGUAUCAACCGAACUGAUCAACCAAUUGCCUGUGCAGUUUUUGCUGCCCUUUUACAUUUCUUCUUCUUGGCUGCCUUUACCUGGAUGUUUCUGGAGGGAGUACAGCUCUAUAUCAUGCUGGUGGAGGUUUUUGAAAGUGAACAUUCACGUAGAAAAUACUUUUACCUGGUCGGCUAUGGCAUGCCUGCACUGAUUGUGGCUGUAUCCGCUGCAGUAGACUACAGGAGUUAUGGAACAGAUAAAGUAUGUUGGCUUCGACUUGACACCUACUUCAUUUGGAGUUUUAUAGGACCAGCGACCUUGAUAAUUAUGCUUAAUGUUAUCUUCCUUGGGAUUGCUUUAUAUAAAAUGUUUCAUCAUACCGCCAUUUUGAAACCUGAAUCUGGCUGUCUUGACAACAUCAAGUCAUGGGUUAUAGGUGCAAUAGCUCUUCUCUGCCUAUUAGGAUUGACCUGGGCCUUUGGACUCAUGUAUAUUAAUGAAAGCACAGUCAUCAUGGCGUAUCUCUUCACCAUUUUCAAUUCUCUACAGGGAAUGUUUAUAUUCAUUUUCCAUUGUGUCCUACAAAAAAAGGUUCGAAAAGAGUAUGGAAAAUGCCUGAGAACGCAUUGCUGUAGUGGCAAAAGUACAGAGAGUUCCAUUGGCUCAGGGAAAACAUCUGGUUCUCGUACUCCUGGACGUUACUCCACAGGCUCACAGAGCCGAAUUCGCAGAAUGUGGAAUGACACGGUCCGAAAGCAGUCAGAGUCUUCCUUCAUUACUGGAGAUAUAAACAGCUCAGCAUCACUCAACAGAGAGGGGCUUCUGAACAAUGCCAGGGAUACAAGUGUCAUGGAUACUCUACCACUGAAUGGUAACCAUGGCAAUAGUUACAGCAUUGCCAGUGGCGAGUACCUGAGCAACUGUGUGCAAAUUAUAGACCGUGGCUAUAACCAUAACGAGACCGCCUUAGAAAAAAAGAUUCUGAAGGAACUCACUUCCAACUAUAUCCCUUCUUACCUGAACAACCACGAGCGUUCCAGCGAACAGAACAGGAAUCUGAUGAACAAGCUGGUGAACAACCUCGGCAGUGGAAGUGAAGAUGAUGCCAUUGUCCUAGAUGAUGCCACCUCCUUUAAUCAUGAGGAGAGUUUGGGCCUAGAACUCAUUCAUGAGGAAUCCGAUGCUCCUUUGCUGCCCCCAAGAGUUUACUCCACAGAGAACCACCAGCCACACCAUUACACCAGAAGGCGGAUCCCCCAAGACCACAGUGAGAGUUUUUUCCCUUUGCUAACCAACGAGCACACAGAAGAUUUCCAGUCACCCCAUCGGGACUCUCUCUACACCAGCAUGCCAGCACUGGCUGGUGUGCCUGUCACAGAGAGCGUUACCACCAGCACCCAGACCGAACCCCCACCGGCCAAAUGUGGUGAUGCCGAAGAUGUUUACUACAAAAGCAUGCCAAACCUAGGCUCCAGAAACCACGUCCAUCAGCUGCACACCUACUAUCAGUUAGGUCGCGGUAGCAGUGAUGGAUUUAUAGUUCCUCCAAAUAAAGAUGGGACCCUUCCGGAGGGAAGUUCGAAAGGACCUGCUCAUUUGGUCACUAGUCUAUAGAAGAUGACACAGAAAUUGAAACCAACAAAACUGCUAACACCUGGUUGACUGUUUUGAGUUGAUAUAAGCAGUGGUAAUAAUGUGUGUACUCCUAAAUCUUUAUGCUGUUCUUGAGAGACAAACACAAACUUUCUGACUUCCUUUUUUUUUUUUUUUUUAAACUGGGAAUUUUUAGGUCAGCCCAGGGGAGAAAGAUAACUGCUGAAAUCCCCCUGUGCCCUAUCCUUUCCUAUCCUUGCCCCCUCAGAUGGAGACUUCAUUAUGUUAAUGAACGAGAUAUGAAGAAAAUGGCACUCAUUGUGGCCUUGUUGAAUUAUGUUGUGUUUGUUCUAAUAUCUCUGAUCUCUGUUACUAUGAUUACAAGGACCUGAUUUUUAAAAGGCCAGAACAGUUGUUUGAAAUUAGUAACAAUGCCGCAUCUAGAUUGGAGUGCUGUACAAACAAACAUAAAAGCAAAGCAAAACUGUAUUGCAUAGUGGUUUUUAGGCACUGACAACCUGAAUUCAUCACAGCGGGAAUCGCUGUGGAAUACAAAACAACACAAUUAAUAAUGAAAUGGAGGGGAAUUCUAGAAAUAUAUGCUAAAUGCAUAUUUUAUGAUUUGCUGUAUUAACUGAUGAUAAAACUAAUGACAGAAAAAAAUUGAACAAUUUCUAUGUAAUGUACAGAUACUAGCAUUGCACAUAUAGUCUGCUUUCUGUUCCUCCAGAAUUUGAGUCCUGUUAAUGUAGUGAAAAAAAGACAAUUUUUCUUUUUCUUUUGUGCUGGUCUUGCAAGUUUGUCUACCAGUAAGAGAGCAAAGUUUCCUUCCUUUCUUCCUAUUUUUCUUUCUUCAUUUUCUUUCUUUUUCUCUUUUUUGCCUUUUUUUUUUAAAUUUCACCUGGCAAAAAAAUAAAUAAAUGAAACUGUCACUUUAUAAGAAUCAUUUUCUAGUAAUGCAAACAAAUUAUUUUUUACAGAAAAUAUAAAAUAAAUAAAAUUAGACUUCCUUCCCUCACUAUAUAUCUUUAUUCAGUCAGACUACUUCCAAGAGCAUUUUUGCAGAUUAGAGCAGGACACACCUUUAUGUUUACAGUGCACAUCUGUUAUAAUACAAAGCAUAUUUGGCAAGCAGUUCUUCACAAAGACAGUAGCUAUGACUCUAGAAGUCAAGAGGUGUCAAUAGAACUAGUGGGGCUUCUGCAUGUGAAAAAAUGGUAUCCCAUAGGCGUUAAAGUGCUGAAUGCUCAGUCUGAUCCCCAAGUGGGCACCUGCACUACCAAUUUUUAAAGGAAAUUCACUCCCUUGUAGUAAAGAAUUGAAAGGUCAAGUUACUUUGAAGUGAUUAAAAAAAAACUCUUCUGUUUAUUAACAGGAAAAUUUAUUUAUUUCACAGGAUUUUAAGUAAUGUAGGAUUACAACAGAUAAAUUAGCAGCACAUAUAAUUUUUUUUAAAUUUAUGAUCCAUUUUGUAUGGUCUCAAAGUUGAAUGACCUCAUUACUAAUAUUUGUUGUAAAAGUGAAACUUGUUUGCCAACCAAUAAACAACUGAUUGAGAUUUAGAAGAUAUUGUAUUGAUGUAUGUACUAUAUGAUUAAUUAUUCUUUUUAUUUUUCUCACCUUUCUUUGCUUCUAUUUUCACUAUAUAAACUUUGCUAAUGUGUGAUAGCCCAAUGAGCCAUACUAAAGAAAUCAAUCUGCCUAGAUGAAUACCCCAAGCACAAAAUUUUACAGAUUCUGCAAAGUAAACCAGAAAAAAAUGGGAUGGGCAUGUUUAUGUUGGUUAAAAUAGGGUGCAUAACAUACUAGCAGGUUAAUAUAUGUUAUUAUGUGCUUAUUUAUAAACCAGCUGUAGUCCUCUGCUUAUUAUAAUACCAUUUUCAACCAGAGAUUUAAAUAUUGAUUUUUUGUAGUGUUGGAGAUCAUAUUUUAUCUUCCUUGUAAGCUCCAUUUCAGUAGUCAAAAUUGAAAUUCACUCAGUUUGAUAAGAGCUGCAGGAAUCUGACAAUGAGACUAUCCAUUUUAAAAAAUAGUUUAAGACCUUAUUAUGCUAGCUAUUUGUUGUUUUUGUUGUUCUUUAUAUUUCAGGGGGGAUAAAGUUCUUUCAAGACACUUUUUUAGCCCUCCAGUUACUGAAGAACCUUUAUCGGCAGUGUCUAAACAUGGAGUUACUCCUAUGGCAAAACUAAAAUGAACUUGCCAAAUUACAAUUUCUCUUAUAGUAUGUGACAUCUUGGUGAUUAUUUUUUCUUUUUUUUUCAAAAAUCUAAACACCACUCACCUAUGAAUUAAUUUUUAAAAUUAAGAUGAAAAGAAGUAGUUUAGAGACCAGCUAGAGAUUUGUGUAUAUAUUUCUAAAAUAUGUGACAAAAGAAAAAUUCUGUGCUGGGCCAGAGUACAUCAUAACCUUAAUAUCACCUCAAAAUAUUUUAUGCGUCAUUCUGUUUUCAUCACUCGACAUGAGUAUUUUUAGUCUAUAGAUUUUCUAUAAGUUGCAGGAAAACCACAAGUUUUAAUGGUAAUUAGUCUUUUGCAUACCCCAUAUGGCAAUGUUAGGGUUAAUUUAGUUGAUACGUAGAAUACAUCUGGUAAUGAAAGAACAUUUUUAGACACAAUUAAGGUAACUUCAGAAACACAAAUGUGGUAUGUGGUUUUGAGCACUUAUGCUUGUGUUGCCAAUCCAUCAGUAAUCUAUAUGAAAGCAACUCCAUCAAUAAGGAGCUAGUUUCACAGAACAAUGGGGAAACUACCUCAAUUCAGCUUGCUGAUUCUUAUUAUUUUUCUGAUAUUGCUACCUCCCUGCUCAUUAUCUUUUGUGUUUCACUAUAUGGAAAUUUGAAACAGGUAGCCUCUCAGCUCUACAUAAACCAAAUUGAAGAAAAACAUUUGAAUACAUACACUGGUGCAGAUCGUCAUUCAGUACUACCAAGCUCUUGCAUCAAGAUGAAAGGGUGUGAGUUUGGAACUCUCAUACAUGAUAAUAGCUGUGCUUUCAGAGACACUUGAAAUCUAAGGACAUUCACAGGAAGUGAUUGUUACCCCAAGUUCUAUGUGACUAUAACAAAAACAAUCAGUGGACAAAGGAGUUAAUUAUGCACACAAUUCAACAGAAAUUUGUGUAUAUCUCACAUGUAUUCACUUAAUCCUCGUUACACCAAGCAAGGGUUGAACUCCUGACCCUGAAUCUUUUUUACUUGCAUUUUCAUGUAUAGUUAUUGAUAAAUUAAUAAUGUUUAAAAUUUCCUUGUUUGUCCACCUUUGGUUGACUCUAUUUUCAAUACCCUGUGGCAUUCAUGAUCCACUUACCUGCAUUUGUCUAAUGUGUUUGAUUUACCAUUAAGAAGCAAAUUUCCAUCAAGCAGAUAUACUAUGCAUAUGUACAUGUUUACAUAUGCAUAUGUACAUAUGUUUACAUAUGUACAUGUUCGUAGAUAUACUAUACACAAUGUUUGGCUAGCUGGGAGUAAAAAUUAUACCAAUGAAACUAACCAAUUAUUAUUUUCCAGUAAAAUGAUAUUUUUAUAACAUUUUACACUUGAAUUUUUUUUCCCAUCGAAGUCUAUUUCUCUUAUACUUUGUCAGGACACUGGCUAGUUUUUUAUCCCACAAUUUUAGUUGAUUCCAAAUGUUGGAUUGUGACAUAGCCCAUGUUCCUAAUUGAUAAUAUUUAUGGAGAAAUCUUAACUUUUGUAAAGGAGAAAUAAAUUAAAAUUCUAAUUAAAUUUUUGAGCAUCCCUCUUUAUCUGCAUUCUAUUAAAGUUAAAAAAUAGUGUAGUAGUAUAAGUGACUGCUAAAAUCAUCAUUAUGACAAAUAACUGGUAUGAGAACCAUUAUCUUGAAGUAAAUAUCAGGAAAACAUACUAAUCAAAUGCAGGUAAUGGAAAAACCCUUAACAAAUAAAUAAUAGCUCUAAAUUAAAGUGUAGUUUAUAAUUUGUCAUUUUAAAAUCUAUUAAUCUAAAAAUGUUGAUAUACAUGAAAGAUUUUAUUUAAUAUUGUUGUGACAAAACUUUUCACGAUAAUGGGGAUAAACAUGUAAGUAUAAGGGAAUUGGAAAUAUUUACAGUGACUCCAUACAUUUAAUUUUAGGCAAUGUCUUCCAUAUAUUCCUUACACAUGUUCAAGUUCACUGACUGGUUUGCUUACUUAAUGGGUGACUUUAAAAACUUUGAAGACAGACUUUCUUCAUUAUUGUAGAGUCCAAAAAGAAAGUAUAAAUAUUUCUUAAGUUAUCUGAAAUUCAAUACCAAACUAAUCAAUAAUCACCCCUUUUAAGUGAAAUAAUAAUUAGUUUUUAGAAGUCCAUCAGUUCUAAACCAAAUGCAAUCAUUUACAAUGUUUUUGAGGAAUAAGAAAACACUACAGAAUUACUGUACAUGUCCAUUCAAAUUUAGUGAGAGAAAAAAAAAAUCCAAACCCUACUUUAGUUUUGAGCAACUCUGAAAAUUGACAACAGUAUCUUUUCUUUGUUAAUAAUACUUGUGAUAAAAUAACAAUAUGUGUGGCCUUUCCAGCAUAUUGUAGUACCAAGAUAUUGAGACUUAAUUAGCUUGUCUUGAGCAAUUCAUAAUUAUAACCCACCACAUAAAUAAUUACCAUGCACUCCUAAUUAAUACUUUAAAGAUGUCUUUUGUUAGAUUUUGCACGUUGAUAAAUUAGUUAGGAAAUGGAAGCACAAGAAUAAAGCAGUAACAUUGCAAGUAUCUUAUGGCAGCAUUUUUGUGCAAAUGAAUUCUACAGGAGAAGCUUCCUGAGCUCAUAAAAUAGGUUUGGAGGAUCUCAACUAUAAAUUCAAUUCUAUAAUCAGCAAAUAUGUCCUUUUUAAGCCAUCUGAAAAACAUUGCUAAGUAUCUAAAUUUUCAUUUGCAGAAUACUGGAAAUUAAAGUGUUCAUAUCUACUUCUUUCCUGCUUAGGCUUUACGGGAGUACUUCCUAUAUACUAAUUAGCCUGAUUGCAUUUCCCUCUUUGCUUUAAAAGUUAAAUCAAUUUUUAAUUUUACCUGUAUACAUACGUCCCCUCUCUGAUUCUCCUUAUUUACAGUCAGCAGAGGAAAUAACUUGUUUAUAAUACUGCAAACAUUAUUGACUUUUGCAAAAAAAAAGGUAGUGAUUGGGACUAAAUGUUCUCAGUUGAAAUAGUUAUUGAUAUUCCACCUUAAAAAAAAAAACAUAGAGCUCAGCACUUCUUUAAUAUCUUAGGACUUAAAAGUUAAUAUUUAAAUGUCUUGAUUUUAACUGAUUUAAUGUUUCUCUUUAUAGUGUUUCAUGCAUUUUUUCUCAUUUAAUAAUGUGUGCCUCCUUAGAGUAUUUCAAAAGUAACUGCAAACUAUGACUUUUAAGAAUGCAUGUGAAAGGAGAACUUUGAUUUAUAUGAAGAAGUCAAGGAAGACGGCAAGGAAAAAACCUCUGUUGGGAUAACCAAGUCUUUUCUACCACAAUAUGAACAGAAAAAGAGAAGAAUCAUAUUGGCAAUUUAUGGUUAGGUAGCAGUAGCUACAUUAGAGUUACAGAGAAUUUUUUUCAAGGAAAAAAAUACCAAAAUCAUUUAGAGUGAUAAAAAUCUUAAACAUUAAAUUAAAUGCUAUUGAUGUGUUAAAAAUCAAAAUGUACAAUUGGAGUCCACCAUACUUUAAUUUUAUCCUCCUAAUUCCACAGGAAAACCUACACUCUUUACAUAUGUCUUGUCUUGCUACACAUGUCUCAAGGAACAUGAAUAUUUUAUAAGUGUUUCUUAAAUAUAAUUAUUUUUGCAUCAAUUCUCGUUCACUCUAAUCUGCUUACUCUAUUGUAUGCCAACACAGUUAAUGCUACUAGUAGCUUUGUACCUUUUAGAGCUUUAUUAUAAAUCUUUCUAAUAAACAUUAAAUUACUAUUAAAUUGGAAUUAUGUACAUUGUGGAAAAUAAUUCAUAACCAAGCAAUAUCCAUAUUACAGCAUAAUUCAUUAUCUAUGAAUAGUACAUUGAGACUGAACAAACACACUGCUGAAAAUAUUACUCUCAAGUCCUCUCUCCAAUUAUGUAGUCAAAUCAUAAAUCUCUAUAGUUAUACACAUGAUGUUAUCAGAGUACUCCAUAAUACAAAUGUGUCUAAAAGUAUUUGCAAUACUUCUCUCAUUCUAUAAUGCUUAAAGAAAGAUUUUUGAAAUAAGAGGAAAAUAAAGCUGACUUCUAAGGACCUAAUUUAUGGAUAAACAUUAUCACUCAGAUUGAACAAUUUUAAAAUGAGCAUGUUCCAAUGUUGUGAUCUAAGAGAGAGGUUAUUAAAGAUUUGCACUUAGUCCUGUAUUAGAGGAUUUUGAAUUUUAAAGGAGUUAAGUUUGUCUCAGUUGCCCAGGACUGCAGAAUUUCAAACUAUAUUGUCAAGGAAAUAAGCUUAAAGUCCAUACCUACAGUAACUUUUCAAAAAGUUGAACUGGCAAUAUAAUCCUGGCUUUAAAAUGAAAAGAUAUUGGUUGACAUCAAAAGAUGUUUGAUAAAAUUCAUAAAUGCCAUUAUCUCUUUAAUAGUAGGAAGAGGUCUUUGGGGAUGGGACUCAGGAUGCAGUGACUGGGACAGAGUGUGCUCUUAUGCUAACCACUGCCUAGUCUUCUAGACCAUUUUUUAAUGCUUUGAAUUUCAAAUUGUCACAAUGUCUUAUGUUUUGAAUGACAUGAACCAAGAGAAAUGAAGAAAAAACAUUUAAAAUUGGUUUUCAUGACUCAUUUGAGAAUAAAGAUUUCCUUUACAUCCUAAGUAAUAAAAGAUGAUAUGUCUUGAAACAGCUGUGGACAAUCAGAAUGUGUUCGUUUAUAAACACGUCCUCGUUGUAUAUUCUAACACUGAUGUUUGCCUAUACACUAUAAAAUCAAGAAUUCUAGAGUCAGCUUGAUUUCCCUUCAUUUGGUUUAUGUGAAUAUAUUGGAAGCUGAAAGAUAACUUGAAGUUUUUCCAUACUGUUUCCCACUUGCCAAGCAUUAAAUCUGAUUCAAUAUAGAUCUUUUAAAAAAUGGCUUAAAAAAAUAACAACAAAUUGAGCUAUUUCUCAAUGAUAGAAAAUAUCACAUUGUAGGAAAACGGAUAUAGAUAUUGCAGGCUUUGAUGUCUUACCCCUUUCAUAUUUAUACAUAUCCUUCUUAGUAUACACACCUACCAGAUUUCAGUCUAUUGGACUUUUUCCCCUUGUACAAACUUUUCAACCAUUUUUUUUUUUCUUAACUGCUCUGUACAAUUACAUGUAAAAUCAUAAGCUACAAAUCUCAAUAAAAAUAUCAAUAAAUGACAAGUGAUGUAGUAGUCACUGUUAUUAAAUGGUAGUACCAAAACAUCACAUUUCAAGCUAUAAGCUAAUAAUUAAACAUGAAUUGCUAAUUUAUUUCUUCACUAUUCCCAUGCCCUGCUACCCUCUCAUUCACACAUAGAAAAUACAACUUAAGGACUUUUUUUCUUCAUGUUUCAGAGAACUGGUAUCAUCCAAAGUGUCUAUAAGGAUAUUUGUUCUUUCCAGGAAGAUAGGAAGUUAAAUUGAGAAUUUCAUGUUUGCCAAUGUUAUCAAAUGUAGUUUUAUAUCAACUGCCUAAUCUUAUUUUUAUCUCAUUCAGGGAAGCAGGACCAUCAAUUUCUAAUGAGCCACUUGUCCAAAAAAAAGUAAAAAUAUCUGUUGUUGAUAUGCCAUUAUUUUGGAUGAAGGGCAUAAUAAACAUUGGUGUAUGUUAUGGAUCAUACAGUAGACAUCCUCUAAUCAUGUUUCUGUAAUGUCAUGAUUCUUGAUUAUUAUGUUUACUAACUUAGCAUCAAUAAAAUGAGCACAAAUAUAUGCUAGAGAAAUUAAAAUGAAUCUCCUUUUAAUAUUGAAAAUACAUUUUAUAAGAAAUAUUCUGAAAAGGAAUGGCAAGGUAUCAGCAGUUCCUGAGUGCCUAGAACAUGGUUGGCAGUGUAUUGUUUCAUAUUCCCAAUUAUAUGAUGAAAUGGAGUUUUUCAUACUCAAUUUACAAAAGAAAUUGAAAUUCAGACCUCACAGAUGAAAAGCUACUGAAUUUUGAACAAAAAUCUCAAUCUAAAGUCUAUUUGUUUAACCAUGCUAUAUUGCAUCAACUAAAUGUAUAUUUGAGAAGAAUUAACCUAUCCCUUUUAUUUAAGUAAGGAGGGAAAAAGGCAUUUGUGGAAAUGUCGAGCUCUCAAGGACUCAGUUUAUGUAAACUCCAUUUUACUAAGCAGAAGAGAGGAGGAGGAGUAUUAUCAAGCCUAUACCUUUGAACAAAUAGUUUUUCUAAAAAUAACUUUUUUUGACUUUAAGUAAAUAUAGUGUUUUGUAAGUGAUAUACAUGCGUGUAUAUAUGUAUAAAUACACACACAUACCUAUUUAUAUAAAAUGUACUUAGAACACAUGAAAUUCUCAUCCAGAAAAUUCUAGAACAGUUUCUGAGUUGGUAGUAGAUAGACCUUUUGUCUUGUUUCAGCUAUUAACACCCCCGCCAAAAAAAAAUAAGUUAGAAAAUAGCAGUGUUUCUAAACCAAGGUCUAGUUAAGGAUCUACUCUGAUCUAUAUUACUAGUUCAUCCCAUUAUCAGAGCACGCAUCAUAACUAGUUUCUUAAUUAUUAUGUUGCAGUUUCUCAAUAUUCAACCUUUUCACUGUUUUACCAACUGUACUUCUAGUGCUCUUAUGCUGCAUUCUGUAAUCUGUAUUCAACAAGUCUCAUUUGAUUUAAACUAAUAUAAUUUAGUUUAAAUAUAUCUGAGAGAUGCCAGUUUAAAUAAAGUAAAAUAUUUUUGUACUAUAGGAUUUCAGGAAUUUACUGCAAAACUCCAGGAGGAGGAUAUAUUAUCCCAUUUCCUAAAGCCGGCCCUGAAAUCUUCAAGUAAUUUGAAGAGCAAUACAUUGAGUACUAUUAGUCCAUAACAGUUUUGUGAAAAACUGCCCCAAAUAUUUUUUCUAUAGUUGAGGUUUUCUUUUUUCUGAAUACUUUAUGUCAAUGAAAUACUAAAGUAUAACUCUUCUAACUAUAGUUGGUUCUGUAAAUCAUGAUAAAAUAUUGUGAUAAAAGUUGUCUCCACUAAAUAUCUGGUCCCAAUCUUCAGGUGGAGAAAGAACAAAUAAAUGAAUGUUGCCUUAAGAAUUUUGCCCUAACCAUAGAAUCCCUUAAUUCCUAUUAUCUGAUAUCAAAUAUCCAUUUGACUGCAGCAACUGGAAACAACAAUACUCAACAACAUGUUUCUCUUUUAUAAAGUGCAUGUGAGGUACAGGGGAAUCUUGUUAAAAUGCAAAUUCUGCUUUGUGUUAUUCUGGGGCUGAAUCUGUGGCUCUGCAUGUCAAACAAGCUCUUGGGCAUACAUAUGUGUCUGCUGAUUCACCUAGUACCAAGGUUCUUUCACUGUCUUUUCCUCUGAAACACACAGAGUAUCACUAUCAAAAUUCCCCCUUGUUUAUUUUUAAAAAAUAGGGGAUAUGUACUAGGAAAGGAGAGAGGGUGUUCAAUUUUACCUAAAAAAUAAGUCUGUUAAUAUAUUUGGAAAUAUACACAGUAUAUUACUUUUUUAAUCCACUAUUUUAGGUUAAAAAUGACAUGGGAACCAGGGAGACUGUGUGUAUGUCUGUGUAUAAUUGCAUAUAUAUGCAAAAAUGUAUAUGUAUAUAUUAGUAAUUGCUUGUUACAAAAAAAUAUUCUGGCAAAGUGGUCUUUUCCCCAUAAACACUUAUCUAAAACACACUAGAAAUAACUUAGAGAAACAAAUAUUUUGAGUAUGCAAAAGAUCUAAUUAUUACAAUUGGUCAACACUAUUUUGUCUUCUAUUUGUAUGGAAAAAUGGGAAAUAAUCACACAGGUAUGUAUUGCAAAUAGGGAAAAAAUUAAAUAAUACCCAGAAAGUAACAUCAUUUGUUUUUAUAGAUAAAUCUAUUUCUAGAGCUAUCAAUUUAUAUAACAUAUAUAAAUUGUUUCAUUACAAUGCUAAAACAUUUAUUGCCAGUGAAGAAUCUUUCAAUAAAAUACCUAAUAAGACAAAGGUGAGAUCAUUUUUCUCUGCUUAUCUGAGGUGCUUCAUCCAAGAUUUACUCCCAGUUACAACAGAAAUUAUAAAUGUCUUAUUAAAAAGUAUCAAAGAUGUCAAUGUGCUCUGAAGAUUUUAUGUAUAAAUUGAAAUAAAAGAUUUUAUCCAUAUUGG